AUGCAUUUCGCACUCCCCCCACGAAAAACGUCGCAGCCUCCGCCCUACCUCCCGCGCACAUCACGAUUGCCCGGCUUGCGGAGGUCUCGACUCAAGCUCAUUGCGCUCGGCGGGCUCCUUUUUCUCACCCUCAUAUACCUCGUCACUCGAUCAAGCGGCCGAAAUGCGUCGUUGCGAGAACCCAAGGGCGACCCACCUGUGGUACUAGUGACAGUGUUGGAUGCGAGCAAGUACAGCGGGGUGUAUUUGGAAACGGUGAAGCAGAACAGGUUGCAGUAUGCCCAGAAGCAUGGUUACAAAACCCUCCUCGCCAGGAUCGGCGACUACGACCUAGCCGGCUCGCCCUUCUCCUGGACUGCCAUUUUCGCCAUGCGAGACGCGCUGACCAAGUUUCCGGAUUGCCACUAUGUCUGGUACCUGGACGCGAGUGGCCUGAUCAUGAACCCAAAACUGAAGAUCGAGGAGCACGUCAUGCGAGCGGCCAAGUUAGACGAGCUCAUGAAAAAAGACUACCCUGUCGUCCCGCCGGAUAGCAUCAUUAAGACGUUCAGCCAUCUCAAGGGGCAGGAUGUGGACUUUGUGAUUACUCAGGACAAGGACGGGCUGUCGUCGGCCAGUUACAUUGUGCGCAAUGGUGACUGGGCGCGCUUCUUUCUCGAGACGUGGUUCAGCCCGCUUUAUCGAAGCUAUGAUUUUCAAAAAGCAGAGACACAUGCUUUGGAACACAUGGUGCAGUGGCACCCGACCAUCCUCUCUCGAAUGGCCAUCGUCGAUCAGCGCAUCCUCAACUCCUAUGCCAAGGGCGACAAGGACGCAGAGUACAAGGACGGGGAUCUGGUCAUCAGGUUUCCCGAGUGUACAUCCACUGGGCCGCAGGCGUGCGAGACCGAGUCUCAGGUGUUUGCACAGGCGUGGCGCAGGGUGUUUGCUAGUAUAUGA